CGCCGCCAUUGGGGUCAAUUUCCAACACGACGCAGUAACUUUCGGUGUUACGGAAAGACGCCGCCAUGCCGCCUGGGCCUGUUCAGAUCAUUCAGCCGGAGUCCAACAAUAAGAACGAUGCACCAGUAGAAGAAACCCCAGCGACUAAACCCAUCGUUGGUAUCAUAUAUCCACCUCCUGAGGUCCGGAACAUAGUUGACAAGACAGCCAGCUUCGUUGCCAGGAAUGGGCCCGAGUUUGAAGCAAGAAUCCGACAAAAUGAGAUCAACAACCCCAAAUUUAAUUUUCUCAAUCCCAAUGACCCCUACCAUGCUUACUACCGUCACAAGGUCAAUGAAUUUAAGGAGGGGAAAGCACAGGAACCAUCUGCAGCAGUGCCUAAGGUUAUGCAGCAGGCAAUGCUGCAGGCCCAGCAGCUUGCUCAAAAGGCUCAGGUGAUUCAGGAGACUGUAGUUCCUAAAGAGCCACCUCCUGAGUUCGAGUUCCUCGCAGAUCCUCCAUCAAUCUCAGCAUUUGACCUGGAUGUUGUCAAGCUCACUGCCCAGUUUGUUGCUCGCAAUGGCCGACAGUUUCUUACUCAGCUCAUGCAGAAAGAACAGAGGAACUACCAGUUUGACUUUCUGCGGCCGCAGCACAGCCUUUUCAACUACUUCACCAAACUGGUUGAGCAGUACACUAAGAUACUGAUCCCUCCUAAAGGCCUACUGAUCAAGAUGAAGAAAGAGGCUGAGAAUCCAAGAGAAGUUAUGGACCAGGUGAAGUACCGUGUUGAGUGGGCCAAGUUCCAGGAGCGUGAGAGAAAGAAAGAGGAGGAGGAAAGGGAGAAAGAACGAGUGGCGUAUGCCCAAAUUGACUGGCAUGACUUUGUAGUGGUUGAAACUGUGGAUUUCCAGCCCAACGAACAAGGCCACUUCCCCCCACCUACCACACCAGAGGAGCUUGGUGCCCGCAUCCUAAUCCAAGAGCGCUACGAGAAGUAUGGAGAGAGUGAGGAGGUGGAGAUGGAGGUUGAGAGUGAGGAUGAAGACGAUGAACGGGAGGAGCGGGGCAGGGGCCAUCCCUCACAACCCGAUCAGGACACACAGGUUCAGGACAUGGAUGAGGGAUCUGAUGAAGAUGAUGAUGGCAUGAAGGCUCCACUGCCACCAGACAACCCUAUGCCACCCCCACUGCCACCAACUCCAGAUCAGGUCAUCAUUCGCAAAGACUAUGACCCGAAAGCUUCCAAGAUUCAGCCCUCAAUUAUACCUACUGAUGAGUACCUCAUUUCACCAAUUACUGGUGAGAAGAUCGCAGCCAGUAAAAUGCAAGAGCACAUGCGUAUUGGUCUGCUGGAUCCGCGCUGGCUGGAGCAGAGAGAUCGCAUUAUCAAAGAGAGACAGAUUGAGGAUGAAGUCUAUGCUCCUGGUUUGGACAUCGAGAGCAGCUUGAAACAGUUGGCAGAGAGACGUACCGAUAUCUUCGGUGUGGAAGAGACGGCCAUCGGUAAAAAGAUCGGUGAGGAAGAAAUCCAGAAGCCAGAGGAGAAGGUUACCUGGGACGGCCACUCAGGAAGCAUGGCUCGUACCCAGCAAGCAGCACAGGCCAACAUCACCCUGCAGGAGCAGAUCGAAGCCAUUCACAAGGCCAAAGGACUCGUGGGAGAGGACGAUGCCCGGGAGAAAAUUGGCCCGAGCAAGCCGAGUGAAAUGCAUCACCAGCCUCACCAUAUGUCUGCAUCCAAUAUGCAGAAGCCCGGUCCUCCUAUGAACUUAUUGCCUCGCCCACCGAUGGCCCCUCCAGUGCGCACCACUCUCCUGUCCGCUGUACCUGUAAUGCCAAGACCGCCCAUGUCUCCUGUGGUGCGCCUUACACCUGGACAAGUCUUGUCACCGAUGCCCAUGAUGUCUGCUCCCCGCAUCAGUAUGGUCCCCAUGUCGCAAGCAGCACAGCACAUCAUGGCCCCGAGACCACCCCCCAUGGUUGUUCCAACUUCGUUUGUCCCAGCUCCUCCAGUACCACAACCACCCUCUGCUCCGGCUCCACCUUCCCACCCACCCCCACCUCAUGAUGACGAGCCAAUGAGCAAGAAGAUGAAGACUGAGGAAAACCUUAUUUCAGAGGAGGAGUUCCUUCGCAGAAAUAAGGGUCCUGUGGCAGUUAAAGUACAAGUCCCCAACAUGCAGGACAAGACUGAAUGGAAGCUAAAUGGCCAAGUGCUGAAUUUCACCGUCCCGCUCACAGACCAGGUGUCUGUUAUUAAAGUCAAAAUCCAUGAAGCGACAGGCAUGGCCGCAGGAAAACAGAAGCUGCAAUACGAGGGCAUUUUCAUCAAGGAUUCCAACUCUCUAGCUUAUUACAACAUGAACAACGGCUCCAUCAUUCACUUGGCCCUGAAGGAGAGAGGUGGAAGAAAGAAGUGAGCCACGCAGAGAGCAGAAGAUUUUACUUGUGGAUAGUUUGUCAUCAUGUCCUGUCAUUUUUUGUUGAAUGGAAGUUGUAUCAGAUUAUUGCACCCUUCAUACCCCGUCUGUAUGGAGAGCACGUCCAUCUUAUCUCUUAUCUCUGAAUGCUAAAAGAAUUAUAUGCUGCCUAGCAGGUAUGACAUCAAACUGUUAGUUAAGCUUUGAUUUGUUCAUGAUGAUAAUCAUUUGGUGACUGUACAGUAGAGUCACAAUGUAACCCAUUUAAAUAAAGGAAUCAAAAAAUCCCAA